AUGGACCUCAAGCUGUCGCAGAUUGGAGAAAUACACAGAAGAUUCAAGCCUCAUGUUCUAAUGAUUUUGACACAGAUUAGCUAUACACUACUCUACUUCUUUACAGAAGCUUCAUUCAAUCAUGGGAUGAAUCCUCAUAUAUAUGUAACUUAUAGGCAUGUUGUUGCUGGCUUAAUAAUGUGUCCCUUUGCCUAUUUCUUAGAAAGGAAGGCAAGACCAAAGCUAACAUGGGCAUUAUUUCUUGAGAUUUUUGUGCUUUCAAUUCUAGGGGUCAGUCUUACUCUGAAUAUGUACUUUGCAAGCUUGAAAUGCACUUCACCAACUUUCGUUGCUGCCAUGCUUAACACCCUUGCUGCCUUGACAUUUAUUAUUGCUGUUUUACUAAGAUUGGAAAUUGUUGACAUCAAGAAAGCCCAUGGAAAGGCAAAAGUUGCAGGAACAAUAAUCUCCCUAGCUGGUGUCACAACUAUGACAUUUUAUAAGGGAAAAACAAUAAGGAAUCUUUGGGGAGCAUUGAUUCUUAUUCAAGGAAGGACCCUCCAUAAAAAUCAGAUCAAGGGAUCAAUUCUCGUAGUUUUAAGCUGUAUAACAUGGUCAAUGUGGUAUAUAAUGCAGGCCGUUACACUGAAGAAAUAUCCAGCACAACUUUCACUUACAGCAUGGAUGUGCUUGAUUGGAGGAGCACAAUCAGCAAUUUUUACUGUAUUAAUAGAGCAUAAAUCAGAAGCUUGGCACGUUGGAUUUAACAUUGACCUAUGGAAUAUCAUAUACUCUUUAUGGUGCACUGAAGAGAAGGGACCAGUUUUUGUAACAAUGUUCAGUCCUCUCGCAUCAGUCUUGGUGGCACUACUAGCAUACUUUGUGUUCGGUGAAAGAAUGUACACUGGGAGCAUAUUGGGAGGAUUGAUUGUUAUUAUUGGUCUAUACUUGCUGCUGUGGGGCAAAGAAAAUGACAAAGAAACUUCAGAAGGAUUUCAAGCUCAUUCUGAUAUAUCUUCUGGGAAGCAGCAGGAUGAGAACAAGGAGAAAUUGAAAAUUAUGGAGAGUCCCUAUGAGGAUCCGUAAGACAAGAACUGGAGAUUCUUCAUGUCAAAAUGGGAAGUUAGAUGAUCAAAAUAAGAGAUAUAAAAACCA